AGAGUUAAACUGAUGUAUAAUUCUCUCGUAGAUGUGGUAUCUUUUAUUGUUCGCGCUGUUUGUGGUGGCAAAUGGCCAGGAAUUCAAAACAAUUCACGCGUGGAGUAAUGUCGAGUACAAUUUCCCGAAUGACAGUAUUCGAGAUACAUUAGUAUCUAAGGGUGAUUAUAUUCCGGAAAAUAAUAUGCCCCUCGGUAUGCACGUUUGGGGGGACAAGGUAUUCAUUACUGUACCACGAUGGAAAAAUGGUGUCGCGUCAAAUUUGAAUUAUUUUUCAAAGAACGACCAGUCACAAUCUCCAAAAUUAAAUCCAUAUCCUGAUUGGACGACGAAUAAUAUCGACACGCCUGACGGUAUUGUAAAUAUCUUCCGCGUUAGGUCCGACGCUUGCAAUCGAUUAUGGGGUGUCGAUACAGGCGUCGACGAUAUCUUAGGCAAUUCUACUGUCGUGAGACCCCCCAGGAUAAUUGUCAUUGAUUUAAAAACAGAUAAAAUACUUCGUAUUUAUCCUUUAAAAGAUUCCGACCAAACGGCUAAUUCCUUCUUCGCCGAAUUAGUAGUCGACGCUGAUCCAAAUAAUUGUGAGAACGCAUAUGCUUACAUUACUGAUUUGAGUGCAUAUGGUUUAGUAGUCUACAGUUGGGCUGAUAACGACUCGUGGCGUAUAACGCACAACUUCUUCCACUUCGAUCCUCUGAACGGAGACUUUAAUGUCAGUGGACACAACUUCCAGUGGACAGACGGAGUAUUUGGGCUGUCUCUGUCCGAACCGCAACCGGAUGGCUAUAAAACUUUGUACUUCCAUGCAAUGUCUGGUAUUACUGAGUUCGCGGUAUCAACUGAGGUUUUGCAGGAUAAAACGUUAAAGAAGUCUGCCGAUUAUUAUGCUUUCCGCGUCGUGGGUAACAAAGGCCCGAAAACUCAAGGCCCGACUUCAUUGAUCGAUGCGAGAACUGGUAUCAAUUAUUUUAUUCAAGUGAACAAAAACGGCAUCGCCUGUUGGGACACCAGUGUUGCAUUGAGUCCAGAUACCUUCGUUCUUGCGGCUCAAGACAAUACAACGUUAGUCUUUCCUAACGACCUGUCCAUUGAUCCGACCACCAACAAGUUAUAUGUACUAUCUGACAAUUUACCGCAAUUUAUAUUUUCCAACUACGACAAGGAACAAUGCAAUUUCUUCAUCACGACUGCCAAUCUCGAUUCGUUAACGUCAAUUUGUAAAAAAUAGAAUUCUAACGUUAUGUAAUUUUAAAUAUUCACUAAAUUCUGUAGUAACCGAAGACAUUUGAAUAAGCAGUCAGGAGACAUUAGCAUAUCACUUAAGGGAACAGGUUUGCUUUCUCUGUAUCUCUUUAGUUUUAUUUAUUCACAGCUGUUAUACAAAAGAAUAUUCAGGACGAUUACAUUGGAUAUGAGAAUAUCGCAUAAAAUAUAUGUUAUAAUUAACGUUAAUGUCAACUGUAUUAUGGUUAAUCUCCUUUACGUCUAAGCUUGCAGUCAAUCACGCCAAAAUACACAACUCCGUACGAUACGUUUUAUAUUUACAAGUAAUCUUGUUGAAACAAUACUUCGUGAGUACCUCGAGUAUGUAUCAUUUAAGAGAAAUGACGAAAAUUAUGCAGUAAUCGCAGGAAUAUUAUGAUCAAAUGAAUAAUGGAAAGGAAUAUUGUCUUUAAUUAUAAAUAAAAUUUUUGUAACAUG